CAACAGGUAUCCAUAGCCGUGAAUUGGAGAGCUAAGAACAGGGCGCAAACUAUACGAGAGAGAGAGAGAGAGAGAGAGAGAGAGAGAGAGAGAGUAUUUUCAAAUGUUCAGAACCAUCUCAUUUCAAAUACGAUCGCCUCUCAGGUCUCUGUCUCAAACCCUAACCUACUUGCCACAACUGUCCUUGCAAUAUUCAAUCCCAACCCAGGCUCCGCUCAAAAUUCUGACCGAGCCGUCACACUUAACCUCUUCAAAUGCAUUACUUUCAACUCUGUCUUCCCCGUUCUCGCCCUCGCUGCCGCUUCAGAGGCGUGACGAUGCGCAGGCGGACCAGUACAAUAAAGACCCCACUGGGCCUCCGAGGCUGUUCGUGGUGCAGCCGCGUCUCCGGCCGGAACCCGUCCUGCAGGCGAAGCUCGAUGAAGCUUUGAACCUGGCCAAUUCGCUCGAAGAACAGCGCGACGGCUUCUUCGACACUGACUUUUGGGAGAAAGAUUUGCCCCCGCAUAUUGUUGUUCAAAACCCAGCUGCCCGAUCGCCUCGCGCAGAUACAUAUUUUGGACCAGGCACAGUAGAUAUAGUUAAAUGUCAUCUGAAUGCUGUGGAAUCAGAAGGAGGAGUUGAUGCUGUGUUUGUAAAUGCUAUUCUAACUGGGAUUCAACAGCGGAAUUUGGAGCGGGCAUGGGACAAACCCGUUCUCGAUCGUGUGGGCCUCAUCAUAGAGAUAUUUAACGCACAUGCCUACACAAAGGAGGCAAGGCUGCAGUCUGAGUUAGCUGCUCUAACGUAUAAGAGGUCCAGACUUGUGCGUGUACGUGGACCUGAUGGUCGCUAUACUUUUGGAGCUGUUGGAGAGGCUGAAGUUGUUAGUGCUCGAGGGAGAGGAAGUGGAGGACGUGGUUUCAUUAGUGGUGCUGGUGAAACUGAGCUUCAGCUACAACGGCGAAGAAUUUUAGAACGACGAAAACAGUUAUUGUCUGAAAUAAAAGAGGUUCGUCGUACUCGAGCUUUGCAACGGGCUGCUCGCAGGAGGCAUGGAGGUGAAAAUGGUCAAGGCAUGGCUACAGUUGCUGUUGUUGGGUACACAAAUGCUGGGAAAUCAACAUUAGUUAGUGCGCUCUCAAACAGUGAUUUGUACAGUGAUGACCGAUUGUUUGCAACAGUUGAUCCAAAACUAAGAAGUGUAAUUCUGCCAUCAGGGAGAAAAGUGCUUUUCAGUGACACUGUGGGUUUUAUAUCAGAUUUGCCUGUGCAGUUGGUGGAAGCAUUUCAUGCAACCUUGGAAGAAGUAGUGGAAGCUGACCUGCUUGUGCAUGUGUUAGACUCCAAUGCACCCAAUCUUGAUGAGCAUCGGGAAAUUGUGCUGCAAGUUCUUAAGCAGAUAGGAGUAUUAGAGGAGAAGCUUCAGAGUAUGAUUGAAGUUUGGAAUAAGAUUGAUAUCCAAGAGGAGGUGGGCGCUGAUGAAUGCAUGCAUGACAGUGAAGACAAUGAAAUGCAAAGUUUCUCAGGUGGAGAAAGCAAUGAUGAAGCAUCGGAGCUAUCAUCUAGAGAUGCUGUUGAUUAUGAUGAUGAAAAUCAUGAUGAUAUCGUAGCUGAGCCAUCAUCAGGAGAUCAUGGAGAGCCCAUCGGUGACCAACAAAGUGACUCUGAUAGUUGGCUCUUAUCAGGGGAUGAGGAAGACACUUUAGGUGAGAUGGGAUGGGAUACUAUAAACAACCAACAAAGUAUGUUGUCUGAGGACUCGAGGAAAAUUGGGAAAAACUUACACUCGCUGUCACAAUCUGUUCCACAUGUCAAAACGUCUGCUAUAACGGGUGUUGGCUUACAAGAGUUGCUAGAGCUUAUUGACUCUAAAUUAGAGUCGCCGAAUGUGAUAGAGAGGAAUAUGCUUGAUCGCAAAUGGAGGCCCCCUAGAACAGAAGAUUCUGGCACUGCAGUUGAAGGGUAGCCUGAUAUAUGCCAUCCUAGCUUGUUUUCUCUUUCACGCAACAAUGAACUCUCUGCUUUUAUCUGGCCUGGGUUCUGAUGGUACUCCUCCUGUGCAACAAGAUUUUUCUUCAAGGAUCCUAAAGUAUCUCUUCAAGUGCACCUAUUUGUUUUCUCACCACUAUUGAUUUUUUUCUUUUCUUUUUCUUUUUCCCUGUUUGAUUAAUUUUUGGUUUUUGAUGAACAUUGUUCAUCAGCAAUUGUGUUUGUGUUUCAUUUUUUUAGCACAUAGAUGUCAUUUACGUAAGUUAAAAAGAGUAUCCUUCCAAUAGUCGCUGUCAAUAACUCUUCAUUGAGUUGCACAGAUACACUGAUGUAUGUAGGUGUACCCGUUUGAAGGUUCUGGGCUACAUCCCAAUCUCACUUGUUCGAAUUUUGUUGAAUUUACGUUUCUUUUGAGAGUUAAGAAA